GAAAGAAGGCCGCUAGAGGAAACCACUGGAAUCUUAGCAGAUAUAAUAGUUUAUGAUGUAGGGAAGCGAUGCCUUGGCGGAACUAUAUCGUGCUGUCUGCAUUCUACUAACUCUAUCCCAUCCCACUUCCAAUUAGUUCUGCAAUCCUGUGAGCCAUGGGAAGAGUCUUAAGCUCUUUGCUCUCCACAAUUUUCUCCGGCGGCGACGGCCACAGGAGUUACAAUUACAGAAGUUACUUCUACAACACCAGCAACAGCAGCAGCAACACCCACUACCACACUGAAGACAAUAACAUGAUCAAUAUGAGGAUCACCAAGGGAAGGCCUCUUUCUUUGCAGACAGUGGAGCUAAAAGUGAGGAUGUGUUGCACAGGUUGCGAGAGGAUUGUCAAACACGCUCUCCAAAAGCUUAGAGGCAUCGACUCAGUGGAGGUGGAUUUGGAUCUGGAGAAGGUGACGGUGAUGGGGUACGUCGACCGGAACAAGGUGCUCAAGGAGGUGCGCCGGAGCGGCAAGAAGGCCGAGUUCUGGCCCAACCCUGACCUGCCGCUCUACUUCACGAGCCAAAAAGACUACUUCUACGACGAGGAGUCCUUCCGCGACAGCUACAACUACUGGCGGCAUGGCUACAACGGCGACAACCACGGCCACAUCCCGGUGCCGCAGCGCGGUGAGGACCCCAUCAGUAACCUGUUCAACGACGACGACGUCAACGCAUGCAGCGUCAUGUAAUUAUGAUAAGCGCUACAUCUGGGUAUAUAUGUAUGGUCAUGUUGGUGCACAUGGACGGUGUGCUUGUAGCAGUUCAUAUAUGUGAAGGAAGUUGUGUAACAAGCACGUAUUUAUCUGCUGUGGCCAAAGGUUUAA